AUGAUCUUCAUUUACUUGAUCAUAGCCUUAGUGGCACUUCUCUAUGUCUAUUUGACAUGGAAUUUCAAUUACUGGUCCAAACGUGGAGUUCCAGGACCAAAAGCUAAAGUGUUUCUUGGUGACUUACCAAAUGGAAUCAUGAGAAAGCAGAAUGUUGCUUAUGACUUCCAAAAAAUUUACAAAGAAUUCAAGGCCAAGACUCCAUUUGUUGGAAUUAUUCAAAUGCGUGACCCUCGUUUAAUAAUUUUGGAACCUGAAUUAAUUAAAGAUGUUCUCAUCCGAAAGUUUCAUUACUUCCGUAACAGUGAAUUUUCAGAUAUGAUUGAUACAGAACAAGAUCCGUUGUUUGCAAAGAAUCCAUUCUUUUUAAAAGACGACGAAUGGAAAGAAAAGAGAGCUGAGAUCACUCCAGCAUUUACUGUGAAUCGCAUGAAAGCACUUUAUCCACUUAUUCAAGAUGUAAGUACCAGAAUGGUUAAGUAUAUUGCCAAUGAGUCCAAAAAAUCCAAACCAUGUGACGCUCGUGAAUUAGCUGCAAAAUACACAACGGAUGUGGUCAGCAAUUGUAUUUUUGGCGUCGACGCUGAGUCAUUUACCAAGGAAAAUGCUGAAAUUCGAGAAAUGGGCCGAAAGUUGCUGUCACCAUCUACAAUUGUUUUCAUCAAAUUAGUACUCAUUGGCUCAUUUUCAAUCCUUAAAAAAUUCAUGAAGGUUCAAUUCACAAAGAUGGAAAUUCAACAAUUCUUUGUCGACUUGAUGAAGCAGGCACUAAAGUAUAGAGAUGAAAAUAAAGUCCAACGUGAAGACUUCCUUGACUACAUCAUUCAAUUAAGGAACAAGAAGCAUAUAAAUGAAUUGGAGAUGGCAUCGCACACGAUCAGCUUCUUUAGUGAUGGUUUUGAGACGUCGUCGAUUGCUAUUUCACAUGCUCUUUAUGAGCUUGCAAACAACAAACGUGUCCAGGAUAAAUUACGUAAUGAAAUCAACAACAAUCGUGACGAAAACGGACAACUAAGUUUCGAAAAGCUCCAAGAAAUGUCUUAUCUUGAUCAGGUGUUUCAUGAAGCUUUACGUAUGCAUCCACCUCUUGUGACGUCAUCAAAAAUGUGCUCGGAAAAUGUUGAUUUGGAAUAUGAUGGAAAGAAAGUGACGGUUGAGAAAGGAAUUAAUGUUUAUAUCCCGAUUUUGGAGGUUCAUUAUGAUCCUGAGAACUUUUUGGAACCAAAGAAAUUCCACCCUGAGAGAUUUGAUGAUGGCGCUAUGAAAGAUUAUGUCGAUCGAUGUGUAUUUAUGCCUUUUGGUGGUGGUCCGCGAAUCUGCCUUGGCAUGCGAUUCGCCCUCUUACAAAGUAAAGCCGCUCUAGCUACAAUCAUCGGAAACUAUGUAGUCACUGUCAACCAAAAAACCCAAGAUAAUCCAUUCGUCAUCGACGCAGCUGAAUUCCUUAACAUUAAAACUGGAGGUCUUUGGGUGAAUUUUAAGCCUUUGAAUUAG